UAAAACUCAAAAAUAGCCAAUAGUCUAAAAUGUAUAACAUUUUAUGAUUCGAAAUAAAUUUAACAAAUGACAAAAAAGAGAAAGUCUUCAAAAGAGUCCAAAAUAGUACCUCAACAGGAACUUUAUGCUCGCAUUUCAUUUCUAUAUCAAGCAGCAAAUGUUUAUACAUCUCACUCUAUUCUCAAUCAAAAUACAUAUGUUGAUAAAGACAUUCAGUCAAAAUUAGCUCUAUCUAGAUUUUACAUCAAUACUGCUAAAAAAAUAGCACGAAAAGCCGUCCUAAAAAUAAACUCAUCAAUAAAGCGUACACUUUGUCGGCGCUGUGAUACAAUUCUUUUACCCGCCAUUACUUCAUCCAUAAGAAUAGAAAAUCUAUCAAAAAAUAAUAAAGAAGAAGCAGACACAAUGAUUAUUACAUGCAAUUUCUGUAAUACACAAAAAAGAUAUCCUACAUUGAAAGACAAUUACAGAUUUAAUUAACUAUAUCCAACAGAAUUUAUCAAUAAAAAUAAACAUUUACUUAAAACAACAAUUUAUUAUAACAUUAUAUACAAUAAUAAAGCAAAACAAUGUUUUAUUCAUCAGAAUAAAUACAAAAUACUUCAUUAAUAUAAAAUC